CAGAGCAGGCAGCAGAGACCAUGUGGCCCCCCUCAGCUCGUCCCCACAGAGAAUGCAUCCCCUGGCAGGGCCUCCUGCUCACAGCCUCACUUUUAACCUUCUGGAACGCGCCUACCACUGCCAGGCUCUUUAUUGUAUCAGUGCCCUUUGAAGCUGCUGAAGGGGAGAAUGUUCAUCUCUCUGUGGUUUAUCUGCCCAAGAAUUUUUACAGCUAUGGCUGGUACAAAGGGAAAACGGUGGAGCCCAAGCAGCUAAUCGCAGCAUAUGUAAUAGACACUCACGUUAGGACUCCAGGGCCUGCAUACAGUGGUCGAGAGACAAUAUCACUCAGUGGAGAUCUGCAUUUCCAGAACAUCACCCUGGAGGACACGGGAUACUACACCCUACAAGUCACAUACAGAAAUUCUCAGAUUGACCAGGCAUCUCACCAUCUCCGUGUAUACGAGUCAGUGGCUCAGCCCUCCAUCCAAGCCAGCAGCACCGCAGUCACAGAGAAGGGCUCCGUGGUCCUGACCUGCCUCACAAAUAAUGCUGGAACCUCUUUUCAGUGGAUUUUCAAUAACCAGAGUCUGCAGGUCACGAAGAGGAUGAAGCUGUCCUGGUUUAACCAUGUGCUCACCAUAGGCCCCAUCAGGCAGGAGGAUUCCGGGGAGUAUCAGUGUGAGGUCUCCAACCCAGUCAGCUCCAACAGGAGUGACCGCCUCAAGCUGACUGUAAAAUGUGAGUGA